GACAAUUCUGCUUACGAGCAAACAGACCCAACUAAAAUGACAUGUAGGUGUGUCUCCAUGAUUACUUGAAGUUGCAUCUCACAGCAAGGUAGCAUUGUGAACAAUUGAUCACUCGGCGGCGAAAGGUGCAGCGAUCAGCUGUUAGCAGUGGUGGCCAACUGGGUCAGCAAGACCUCUUCUAUGAUGGAGAACUGGGUCAGCUUACAAUUGUUCGUUUUAACUGUAAUCUCUGGUGUGUGUGCUCUUGUAACGCAACCGAAAGAACUGUCAGUAAAUCUGCUGAAUUCUUGUUCAGCGUCAAUACCUGGACACGGAAUUAUAAACCUGGCACCAUUGGAUAACAUUAAAGAAGACCCGUCAAAACGACCAAGAUUUUACGUUGUAUAUAAGGAUCCAAAUGACUUUUACGAGGUCACCUACAACUACACAUUUAAUCCUUGUACCUACUUCAAUGAACCGGAGGAUCCUCAUCAAGUCCAUGGAUUCGGUGAUCAGUGUAUUCAUGUUUCUAUGUGCAAGUUCAAUAAGGACACUCGACGAUAUUAUUACUAUCCGUAUGGAUUACAAAAAUCGGCAAAAUUUUCAGCAAACGUUCAAGAGAAUAAAUCUGAUUCUGCACAGUUCUUCCUUUCAUUUACAGGAAGUGGAUCAGUGUCGAUGAAAGUGACGAGCAUUCACCUGAUGUGUAACAGAUCCCUGGUGGAUCCGGAAGAUGCCGUCUUUUCUAUCCAAAAAGAUGACGAACGAUUUGGGAUUACUGCAGAACUUCGUCAUUUGUGUUGCUGUCCCGACGCCUGUGUCAAUGGCUUACCCUCAGAGUUGCCACCGGAGUCCCCGACACCAGACAGUUCUAAGCUGUUGGUCAUUGUAGCGGUCAAUGCUGGGGUACUACUUCUGGCCUGUGGCGUUGGUGUCAUGUGCUACCUGAAGCGUACCCACCUCCAGUUCUACUCCAAACUACCAGGUGUACAACAGCCAGCUAUUAUUCAGUACCAGAUGGGUAGUAUCGAACACAAAAUGGGAGGCAAGAUGGGUGAAAGAGCUAGGCCUUCAGCCUACCGUGAUUAUGAAUUAGACAGUUCUAAGUUUGAGAAGAAGUUUCUCAUUCCUGUCCUGGAGAACUGUAAUAUUUCAAGUCAGGAGCUGGAAUUGGCACAGAGACUCGGAGGGGGUGUUUACGGCGACACACAUGUCGGACAUUUGAACGGCAUGAAAGUUGCUGUCAGUAGAAUCACCAUCAACAUCCAUGCUAAUCAGGUAGACUCAGAGGUGCUUAAAUUUUUACAAGAAGAGGUCUGGUUUUUAAGUCGUCAGAGACAUCGUAACAUAGUGUCGAUGAUGGGACUUUGUGUAGAAAACAAACUGCCGUACAUCAUUUCGGAAUAUGUUAACGGAGAGAGUGUGAAGUAUUUUAUACAGCAUCGGGGUACCUCUCUCACCUGGCCUCUCAGGAUCAAAAUAUGUCUACAGACCUCUGAUGGUAUGGCAUAUCUCCACUCUACAAAACCUACAAUUUUACACCGAGAUCUGCGAUGUGCCAACAUUUUCAUCACUGAUAAGAAUAUUGUCAAGGUGGGAGAUUUUGGUUUGAUCAAACUUAUACAACCCUUCCGAGAGGCGUGCCAGGCAGAGGAAUGUUGUUGUCAGAGUCAUCACAGUGCUUGUCCGAUGUCGGUUCGAUGGACUGCUCCGGAGGUGCUGCAGAAUCCUACGUCCAAGGAAGCUGAGGGAGUAAUUACAACCAGUUCAGAUGUGUUCUCCUUCGGAAUGGUUUUGUUGGAACUUAUCACAAUGGAGGAUCCGUUUGAUGAAGUGGAAUCAGAACAACAGGUUUCAGAUCUGAUUCAGGAAGGGGCGGAGCCAGAGUUGCCGGUAGACAUGGAGAUCCUUCCCCAGUACAAAACCCUCAUGCAGCAAUGCUGGAAUAGUAGCCCAGAGCAUAGACCCACAUUUAAACAGGUUGCCACAAGACUGAAAGAACUGAUUCCACAAGCAAGAAACUUCCAGAAAGCUAUCAAUACCAAACACAAAGUAUUGAAGACAGUGCCUUCAGCUAAUGUUGUCUGAAGAUAGAAGAUGGAAGGGUAUCGAAUAUUAAAAUUAUGUUGAAUACAGAAAAAAUUAUAUU